AUGGCUUAUGAGCUGCCUUCCAAGGAGAAGCUGCGCGAGAUAGCUGCUCGCCAAGAUGCAAAAGAGAAAAAGAUCAAGGAGGCUCGCGCCAGACGUUUGUCGAACAAGCCGUCGAACGAGCAGGAGGCCGCUGCUGAAAUCAUCCAAGUCGGUGACGAUCAACACUCGAAGUUGUCAAGUUCUGAUGCUGAACCCGACCAGCGAAACUACCGCGGCUAUCGCGAGCGCAGGGAAAUGAGUGGUCUAGGACUGUCUGCCUCGACAAGAUGGCUGUUCAAGAAGGUACAUGAUUUCUCGCCCGUCGUCCUAUACUUCACUGCUCAUGCCCGAGUAGCUCGUUACCGCAACUCCACCCAGCCCAUGUCUCGCGACGAACGUGCCCGACACGCUUCAACCCAUGUUUCUACCCCUGGUAACUGCGAGGCCCGUGAAAAGUGGAAGAGGGCUGGCCAAAUCGCCAAACACGCCGAAAACGACGAUACCAGUUCUGAUGAAGAAGUUGAGGAUGUGCAUCCUCAAGAUCGGGACAAUUACAUCCAGCGCAAAAGAGAGGCCAAGGCCGAGCGGGAAAAGAUGGCAAGAACUAUGGGUAUCGAAUACUUUCUCGAGAUGGUGGACCAGAAACAUCGCUAUGGCUCGUCACUACGCAAGUACCACAAAGUCUGGCAAGAGAGCGACACGAAGGAAAAUUUCUUCUACUGGCUGGACUUUGGAGGAGGUAAAGAUGUGGACCUCCCGGAACGACCAAGGACUCGCCUGGACGAAGAGAGAGUACGAUAUCUGUCGCGUGAGGAACGCCAAAAGUAUCUGGUCAAGAUUGAUGAUGAGGGUAUGUUAUGCUGGGCGAAGAACGGCGAACGCAUAUCCACAUCCCCCGAGUGGAAAGAUUCUAUGGAGGGUAUUGUCCCCAUCACCGAUGAUACCACACCGACGUGGCGUAAUACAACUGGUCGUCAGCAACUCUCUGAAUCAUCGAGUGGCUCGGAUAGCGAUUCGGAUGUCAGUGUGGGUAGUAGCGAAGACGCAUCUCGAUAUGUGAAUCAAGAACUGCACGACGCAAAAGGCCUCAGCAAACUCAAGCAUCUCUCGACCAAUACCAUCAUGAACAACCUUCUUCGAAAGACCACCAAGAAAAACACAUGGAUCUUUGUUUGCGAUACGCAAUUGCGUAUCUAUAUCGGCAUCAAACAGUCAGGAGCCUUUCAGCAUUCGUCCUUUCUCAAAGGAGCUCGGAUCCUAUCAGCAGGCUUAAUACGCAUCAAGCGAGGUCAGCUGAGAAGACUGAGCCCUUUAUCUGGACAUUAUGCGCCGCCAGCCAGCAGCUUCAGGGCCUUCGUGCACAGUCUCAAAGAUGAAGGUGCUGAUAUGUCUCGAGUAAGCAUCUCCAGAGCAUAUGCUGUUCUCGUUGGCUUGGAAGGCUAUCUCGGCGCCAAGCGCAGUCUGAAGCAAGGUGAGCAAAAGAUCAAAGACGUGAUUGACCCCGAAGGAGCCCGGAAACGCGAAGAAGCUGAGAAAGACAAGAGUAAGAGUGCUCAGAAAGAGCGAGAGAUACUCGAGGCUCAAGCGAAAAAAGGAAGAAGAGGCAAAGCGACAGAGCAGCAUAACUGGCCGAUUGAAGAGCAAGCUGCACAUUGGCAGUGA